UUCUCCGUAAUAGUUAUUUGUUUGAUAUUUCAGAUGGAGAGACUUUUGACUUCGUGGUGGUGGGCUCAGGGUCGGCAGGAGCGGUGGUGGCCGCGCGACUCAGUGAGGCACCCCACCUCAGGGUCCUACUGGUUGAGGCUGGGGGCGACCCGCCCCUCGCUAGCGUGGUGCCCAGUUUUUUCACGACUCUAUCACACACCGAAUACGACUGGGACUACAGUAUGAAGUUAGACAGAGAUGUCGGGAGAGCACACACGAGGCAGGCGGUCAACCUGCUUCGGGGGAAGAUGCUCGGGGGCUCCUCAGCCAUCAACUACGAGUUGUAUGCCAGGGGGGAGCCCAGAGACUACGACAGCUGGGAGCAGGUAGCCCCGGGCUGGGACUGGCACUCAACCUUGAAGUACUUCAAGAAACUAGAAAAUAUGACCGACUCAACAGUCAUGAACAGCCCCCACAAUUCACACCUUCAUUCAACUGAAGGUGCAGUCAAAAUAUCGAAACCAGCAUUUAACGAAUACUUCAGGACUGUGAACGAAAUUAUUUUACAAGCAUACGAAGAAAUGGGCCUAAAAAGAACACUGGAAAUGAAUGGCUUAGAAUCUUUAGGCGUGUCUUUACCUCAUUUCACGUUCGCUGAUGGCAGGAGGUCCAGCACAGCCGAAUGCUAUCUGAAACCAACCAAAGAUAGACCUAAUUUAUCUAUAGCAAAAUAUACUAGAGCGCUAAAAGUUUUAAUAGACCCUUACACAUUGACUGCUUACGGUGUAAAGUUGCUUACUAAGACAGGCAGACUAGUCAAUGUGUUUGCCAAUAAAGAAGUAAUUUUAUCAGCCGGGGCGAUUGAUACACCGAAAUUGCUAAUGUUAUCUGGAGUCGGCCCCAGAGAAGAAUUAGAAAAACAUGCGAUAGAAUCUAUAGUUGAUCUACCAGUCGGUAGAAAUCUACAAGAUCAUCAGUUUGUGCCUCUUAUAUUUACUGGCAAGAGAGGUUUGGGGACGGUCGUGCAACAUUUAAUUUCUUCUAGGGAACUAAAUUCUGUUCCGGUACCGACACAGAAUGGAUUUAUCAAUGUGGACAAUGGACCAUAUCGGCAGCUGCAAACAUUCAACAGCCAUAUUGGUGCGUUUGGUUCGCCUGUGAUUCAGCUGACCUGCGAGUCCUUGGGCUAUAAGAGAUCAUUCUGUGCUUCGAUAGCUCGAGCCAACUUCGGUGGAGCUAUAGACUGGACUUUUUUAAUUCUACUGCAUCCAGAAUCCCGAGGUCGAGUCACAAUCAAAAGUAAAAAUCCUUUGGACGAUCCUGUCAUAGAGAGCGGUUUCUUGAGAAGCAAGGAAGAUGUCCGCGUGCUUAAAAAAGGGGUGAAAUUUAUGCAAAAAUUGACUAAGACAUCUUACUACAGACAUGUUCAGGCGACUUUGGAAAAGUUAGACGUGCCCGGGUGCGAUAAAGCGAAACUGGAAGAUGGUGAAUAUUGGCAUUGUUAUGUUGUGAAUACGGUAGGGUCUUUACAGCAUCCGGUGGGCACCUGUGCUAUGGGGCCUGAUGGGGUUGUGGAUGAGAGGCUCAAAGUCCAUGGAGUUUCUCGGCUGCGGGUGAUAGACGCUUCUGUAAUGCCCACGAUACCGGGUGGCAAUACUAAUGCACCUGCAAUGAUGGUGGGUGAAAAAGGCGCUGAUAUUAUUAAAGAGGACUAUCAUUUUUUCGUGGACGAAUCGCCGGUGUUGCGUUUUCGCAUGC